AUGAAUGCAGAUAAAUUGAAAAAUUUAAAGAAUUUCUUUGAUUCUGAAUAUUUUACUCCUGAGAUGCUAUUACAAAAUAUUUCAAAAUACAGAGAGUAACCUGAAAUCCUGAAUUUAUUAUACACUAUAAUGCUAAAUUUAGAAGAUAAAAUAAUUUCAUUCUAUUCUCCAUAAUUUUGUUAAUUGUUAAUCAAAACAGAAAUUCCAUAACUAUUUGAUCUAUUUAAGAAAAAAUGCAGUUAAUCACGAACUUUAUUUUUUAAUGUUAAGUUAUAUUGGUUACUUGGUGCAUAUUUGCAAUUAGAAAAACAGAAAAAAAAGAAAGAGAAAAUAGAUUUAUUUUUAAGGCAAAUGGAAAUGUCUAUGGUGAAUGGAGAAUUUAAUGAAAAAACAUUCGAAAUAUAAGAUUAAGAAUAAUUGAAUCAAAUUUUAUUGAAAGAUUUCUAGUAAAAAGAUCUAAGACAAGAGUACUUUACAGAGAUGUAGAAGUUUAUGGGAACUCUAAUAAAGCAUUCGUUAGUAUUGAAGGAAUUUCCAAAGGACGAUAGAAAACAUCAUUUAAAAUUAUUAAUUCAAAAACAAAACUAAAAUUUAUAAAAAAUAGUGAGAAAGUUCUAGUUUGGAGUAGUAUUACCAUUUUAUGAUGAAUAAGACAAAGAUAAUAAAUCAUAAUAUAUUGUAAAUAUAUUAGAAAAACAUUAAGUGUGUUUCCACACUAAGAAAAGGGUACCUUACUUGAUAUUAGUUGAAACCAUUAAUCCUAUAGAUUUAGAGUAGUAUCAGGCUAUUCCUGCUCAAUCUUAACCAAACAUUGAAGUUGUAGGAUAUGUGGAAGCUUAGUUAAAUGAUUAAGGAUUUGAGAAGCAGUUGGCACAAAUAGAGUAGGAAGAACAGAAACUAUAUCAUGAAGCCUUAGAGAAGAUAAUGUAGAUGGAAAAGAAGGGCAAAAGGUAAAGUCAGAUUAUGCAAACAAUAGAUUAAUACAUGCAAAAACAAAAAAAAUAAAACAAUAAGGAUGCUAUGUAAAACGAAUCUUCAAAAUUGGACAAUGUUUAAAAACGAAAGGCUUCGUUAGUAGUUGAUUCAAAUCUAUCGUAUACUCAAAAUCAUAGGAAAUCGAAUUCCCAAGAAAGAAAUGACCAAAAGUCUGAAGAAUGUUACAAGACUUUAUAAAAAAUAUUACCAAUUGAGAAGUUGCGAAUAUUGAAAAAAUUUAAAAAAAAAAAGCAUUCUGUUUGGGAACAAAGUUGGGAUGAAAGAAUAGAGAAUUACAAAAAAGAUUCGAGAUAUGCUCAUUUCCCUUCAUAUAGAAUACGUCCAAUUAUUAUUAAGGGAGGAGAUGAUUUAAGAUAAGAAAUGUUUGCAAUUCAAAUAAUGAAGCAGUUUAAUAAAAUAUUCAAGGAAGCUGAAGUUAAUUUAUAUUUAAGACCCUACCAAAUAAUUGUCACUUCUGCCAACUCAGGUAUUGUAGGUAAUUCUUAUUGUUAUCAUCAAGAAUACAUUCCGAAUACAAUCUCAAUUGAUGCUCUUAAGAAAAUGUUUGGUAAUGGUACCAAAACAUUGUAUUAAAUCUAUUAAGAAAUAUUUGGAAGUGCUUUUGAGGAAGCUUAGAAAAACUUCAUUGAAAGCUUAGCUAGUUAUUCUGUAUUUUCAUAUUUGAUGUAGGUAAAAGAUAGACACAAUGGGAAUCUGCUAAUUGACGAUCGAGGUCAUGUGAUUCAUAUUGAUUUUGGGUUUCUAUUACAGACAUCACCAGGAGGAGUUAAUUUUGAAUCAGCUCCAUUCAAAUUAACAUAAGAAUAUCUAGAGUUAAUGAUGGGAAAGGAGAGUGAUUACUUUGGCUACUUCAAAUCCUUAAUGACAAAAGGGUUUUUAGCUUUGAAGAAGUACGUGAUAGAAAUCGAGAACUUUUUUAAAAUAAUGGUAGAGAAAUCAGAUUUGCCCUGUUUUGCAAAUUUAGACCUAAAAUUAUUUACAAGUAGAUUCUAAUUAAAUGCUACUGACAAAGAAAUUAUGGAUUUAGUGGAUAGAUUGAUCAAUUAGAGUUUAUCAAGUUGGAGAACAGCCCAGUAUGACAACUUUUAAAAAAGAACUAAUGGGAUAUUGCCAUGA